AUGGAUCAGUCCAAAAUCAAGUGCUGCUGUGGCAGACCCGAUUGCGCAUACCUCCAGCACAAUAAUGCUGCUCUCCAGAAUUUAGAAAAGGACGUCGACACAGCGGCUCGACUUGGCCAAGCCCUCCUUGGACGUCAUGAAUCGUACAUGGCCGAAGCGGAAGCCGAUCGUGCGAGAAUGGCUGCCACUAUCGAUAAUUUAGAGAAACAAAAGCGAGAGGUGCAGGCGGAAAAUGCAAAAAUCAUACAGGAGAAUAAAGACCUUUUAGAGGACUUGGAGGGGCUGAAUAACGUAAUAUCUGAGUCGGAUGCGCAUAUCAAAGUCUUGAGUACCUCCUUAGAAACUGCCCAGCUCGAGGUCCGACGAUUGACAGCGGCCGCGUCUCGAGCUGCUCUCCUCGAAGCGCAGCUGAAUGAGAUGGAAAAUGAUCAGGCACGGUUGGAACAAUCUCUCGCCAUCACCCAGGAGAAUGAACGGUCAGCUAUUCAACGCUGGCGAAAAGCAGAGAUUACGCUUAGAGAUCUGCAUGAACAGGUAGAUCGAAUUGAAAAGGAAUCAAGAGAGGAGCGAGAAAGACAUGUGGAGCUAUUAGGUCGAAUGGAGCGAAAGAGAUCAGUGGAAAGAGAAUUACAUGCUGCUGCAGGGAGACUCAAGGGCGCUGCUGCAGCGGCCUCUUUGGGGCGGAACAAGAACGGAACGAAUGUUGUCUCUCACUUUGUUAAGGAUAUCCUUCAAGACAAUGCGAAUCUCCAGUUGAACAUUGUGGAGCUGAAGGAACUGCUCCAGAGUUCAGAUGAGGAGGUUCGAAAUUUGAGGGAGCAGCUUCUCGUCCAUCAGCCACUGGUUGGGGAUCCAGAUGGUCCAAAUUUCCACAGUGGCAGUUUGUUCCUGAGCGAAGAGCUGCAGAAUGUUCAGUCUGCUCCUCAAGAAUUUCACAUUCACCACCAUUACCAUACCGCUGUCCCAGUUUCAGCUUCACGCAAAGAUCGAUCCCAGCCGGCAGCACAUCGUCGACAACGAAGAAGGAAAGCUCUCUUCCCGCCUACGCUCCUCGAGUCUCCAACGAAAGAAUCCAGCGAGAGUCCUCUGAGCGUCCACGAUACUAUUGACACCGCUUCCCCAGCUUCUACAUUUCAAACAUCACCAUCCUCCCGCACCAAUCGCUGGGUAGACCAAACACCUGGUCCAACGUUUCCUUCUGCCCCGAGUUCCCCCGCAUCUGCAUAUAAAGCGGCGUCUAUUUUUGAUCGUUCCGACCUGGGAUUCGAUUCAUCUCGCCCGACUAGCCCUGAAAGUGGGUUUACUUCUCCUCUCGUGAGAGCAUCGCAUCGGAAAGGGCCAUCCGACACUUCAAUCCGAUCUGUUCUUGAAGACGGAUGGCUAGACAAUGUACCGUCGACACCCGCGAUCGUGAAACAUUCACAAAAUCCAAGGUCAUUGAGUAAAGUUAAUAUCUUUGCUGAGGCUGAUGGCACUGCUGGCGGAAGCAACGCCUGCUCGCUCUCUGGACUUCCAAUCCCGGAAGAACACGACGACAAUGAAGCCUCAACCUCAUAUCAUCAUUCUGGCGACCAGAUUGUUGUGCCGCUGCGAUCUCCCCAGUUGCGUCGAUCCACGUCUCACGAGAGCCUUUUGUCAAUUUCAGGGAUGGAUAUUCACCUGACAAGUAACUACUCAGCCAGCUCCACCCCGACAUUUGUACCAAGGACUCCCAGACGUAUCGCAUCAGCCGGAACAAUAUUCUCAUCAACUACCCCUGUCAUCUCUCGGACGAACGUAACCAUUCCUAGAGUUUCAAUCAGCAAAGAUAAAUCUCCCCUUUCUCUCUUGUCGUCCGUCGCUUCUGCAGCAAAUCCCACCACGAGCGCCACUCCGGUUGCGCAAGAGAUUCUUUCUGAGUCGAGCACUCCACAGGAUUCCCAAUCCAAAAGCAUUAAACGUCGCAUGGGAGGCUGGGUUUUGGGAAAAUGGACCUCAACGCCGCCAAAGUACAUAAAGCCGAAAUCAACGACCACUCCAGAGACCUCUAGUUCUACCUCGCAUUCGUCUCUCCCUUCUACAACGGACGAAGACGUUGCGAAAUCAUUACCACCAGUAUUAUUCAGGCCACCAGGUGUAAAUCAGAGCGGACCUAUUUUUGGCUUGCGUCCUCCUGACAAGGCGCCAACUUCAGUACACCCAGAACACCUCGAUGAGACCUUAUUACAUGAAGCUUUGGCAGAGUAG